AUGCCUGCUGCCUCGCCACAGCCAUUAAGCAACUGCAGACUAGUUCCGCCACUAGCCCCCGCCACUAGUCCCCGCCACAGCCCUAAAGCAACAGGUGCCUUGUCCCCUAAAGCCCUAAAGCAACUGCUGAUAACUGUAGCAUUGUCCUCCACAACCCUUAAGCAGUCGAAGACUAGCCCCGCCACAUCCCUAAAGCAGCCAGAGACUAGUCCCGUCACAGCGGUAAAGCAACAACAGACUUGUCCUGCCACAGCCCUAAAGCAACCGCAGACUAGUUGCGCCACUAGCCCUGCCAAAGCACUAAAGCAACCACAGUCAAGCCUCGCCAUUGCACUAAAGCAACCGCAGACUAGUCCCGCCACAACCCUAAAGCAGUCACAGACUUGUCUUGCCACAACUCUUAGGCAACCGCAGACUUGUCCCGCCACAGCUCUAAAGCAACCGCAGACUAGUCCUGCCACAGCCCUAAAGCAACCAGCCAAAAUUCAACCGCAGAAUUGUCCCGCCACAGCCCCAAAGCAACCGCAGACUAGUCCCACCACAGCUCUAAAGCAACCGCAGACUAGCCCCGCCACAGCCCUAAAGCAACCGCAGACUUGUACCGCCAUAGCCCUAAAGCAGCCACAGACUAGUUCCGCCACAGCCAUAAAGCAACUGCAGACUUGUCCCGCCACAGCCCUAAAGCAACCACAGACUAGUCCCGCCACAGCCCUAAAGCAACCGCAGACUAGUCCCGCCACAGCCCUAAAGCAAGUGCAGACUAGUCCCGCAACAGCCCUUAAGCAACUGCAGACUAGCCCCGCCACAACCCUAAAGCAACCGCAGACUAGCCCCGCCACAGCCCUAAAGCACCCGCAGACUUGUCCCGCCACAUCCCAAAAGAGUAGUCCCACGACAGCCCUUAAGCAACUGCAGACUAAUCCAGUCACAGCCUUAAAGCAACUGCAGAAUAGUUCCGUCACUAGUUUCGCCAUUAGCCCCGCCACAACCAUUACACAAUCAAUGCCUUGUCCACCACAGCCCUUAAGCAACUACCGACUAGUUCCGCCAUUAGACCCGCCACUACUCUUAACCUCGCCACAGCCAUUAAGCAACUGCAGACUAGUUCCGCCACUAGCCCCCGCCACUAGUCCCCGCCACAGCCCUAAAGCAACAGGUGCCUUGUCCCCUAAAGCCCUAAAGCAACUGCUGAUAACUGUAGCAUUGUCCUCCACAACCCUUAAGCAGUCGAAGACUAGCCCCGCCACAUCCCUAAAGCAGCCAGAGACUAGUCCCGUCACAGCGGUAAAGCAACAACAGACUUGUCCUGCCACAGCCCUAAAGCAACCGCAGACUAGUUGCGCCACUAGCCCUGCCAAAGCACUAAAGCAACCACAGUCAAGCCUCGCCAUUGCACUAAAGCAACCGCAGACUAGUCCCGCCACAACCCUAAAGCAGUCACAGACUUGUCUUGCCACAACUCUUAGGCAACCGCAGACUUGUCCCGCCACAGCUCUAAAGCAACCGCAGACUAGUCCUGCCACAGCCCUAAAGCAACCAGCCAAAAUUCAACCGCAGAAUUGUCCCGCCACAGCCCCAAAGCAACCGCAGACUAGUCCCACCACAGCUCUAAAGCAACCGCAGACUAGCCCCGCCACAGCCCUAAAGCAACCGCAGACUUGUACCGCCAUAGCCCUAAAGCAGCCACAGACUAGUUCCGCCACAGCCAUAAAGCAACUGCAGACUUGUCCCGCCACAGCCCUAAAGCAACCACAGACUAGUCCCGCCACAGCCCUAAAGCAACCGCAGACUAGUCCCGCCACAGCCCUAAAGCAAGUGCAGACUAGUCCCGCAACAGCCCUUAAGCAACUGCAGACUAGCCCCGCCACAACCCUAAAGCAACCGCAGACUAGCCCCGCCACAGCCCUAAAGCACCCGCAGACUUGUCCCGCCACAUCCCAAAAGGCAACCGCAGACUAG